AUGGCCUUCCUAGUCCGAUUCACCAGUGGUUUGAUAUGUGCUCCCAUUACCCCGAGGCUUGCGUCACGCCUCGCCCUCCCUCAAAUGGUCAUCCGAAAUGCCGACCCAAAGGGGACAGCUUAUACAAUUGCGAUCGACUCAAGCGCCGACUCUAUCACAACAGGUAUUUCCGCCGAAGACCGUGCUCUGACAUGCCGCACCCUAGCCUCUCCAAACGCCCGUGUGGACUCCUUCAGACGGCCAGGGCACAUUAUUCCGCUCGCAGCUCGAUCCGGUGGCGUGCGCCAGCGUAAGGGCCACACCGAAGCUGCGGUGGAUUUAUGCCGACUUGCUGGAAAAGCUCCCGUCGGCGUUAUAGCAGAGCUGGUUGAAGACGGAGAGAUUGUUGAGGGGGUGCCGGAGGUAGGUGGAAAUAAUGGAAUGAUGCGUCGCGAUGGGUGCUUGAGAUUUGGGAAAAGAUGGGGGAUUAGGGUAUGCACAAUUGAGGACCUGGUGAUAUACUUGGAUAGAGCAGAAGGGAUUAUAAAUACAAGAAAAUAA